GUGCAAUACGUGCAUGCUGUGCAUACGUUUUGUUUUCAGAGACAUGCGCCCUUGAAUAUCCGUCAAUAUUGCUUUGGUGACGAAUAUCAUUAUUGUAUUUAGCCUAACGUUACCGUCUUCAAAGUAUACGUUACUGGGUCAACAGUGAGCGCCACCAUGGGGUUUCUACUGUCUAAACCCAUGGAUGCAAACUUUAAAAAGCAGCAAGAAUUCAUGCUCCACAAUUCACGGCUGCAGAUGGAGCGUCAGAUCCUGAUGCAGAACCAGAUGAGAGAGAGACAGAUGGCUAUGCAGGUUGCCUGGUCCAGAGAGAUUCUCAAAUACUUUGGGGCUUUCUUUACAGUGGUUACAGUUGGACUCACUGUUGGUGCCAUUAAAAGAAAGAAACCGUUCCUAUUGGCUCCCAUCGUCCCUCUCGGCUGCAUAUUUGCCUACCAGAUAGACAGCGCCUACGGCACGCUUAUUUAUCGUAUUAGAGGGGAGGCUGAGAGUAUCAUGAUGUCUGAACAUGACCGUCUGGACUUGCCUCACGGGACUCCAACUUUCGAUAGCAUAGAGAAAGCCCGCCGCGCUAGAAGCAGCCUUGCCUCCUUCUUGGAGAAAUGAUGUGUCGGUUAUUCGAGACAAAAUCAUAGCCGUCCAGUCGAUGCAUUCACCCAUUUUGCUUUUGCUUAAAAAACUGUCAAAAACCUUCUUUUUGACAUUAUUGAGUCUGUGGUUUGCACUAAUUCUAUAUCAUGGACCUUGAGUGAAAUUAGUUUCAAUAUUAAUAAAUAUAAAAUAAUGAUGAAUGAAUGAAUGUAUUUUCUGGUGUUGUUAUUAGAGGUGCAUCAGUAGCCAAACAUGUAUACUUAAGCCAAACUAAAUACUCAAAUAGGUAAGUAAUACACUGUCAGUACUGUAGUAUAUCAUGGAUUAAAUCUGUAAAUCGAAUAUUUGCAUCAAUUACAUUCAACCAUUGUAACGCAAUUCACUCAGAUUAUUGUAUACUGAGACUACAGCUGUGUCCUAAAUCCAGACUUCAUACUAAUUCUAUAUAUAUGUAAGUAUGUAGUACAUACUAAUCUGUAACUAUUUUUACCAGUUAGUAUAUAAAAAAAUAUCAACAUACUUUACCAUAUAUGAUACAAUAUGCAUGAUGUCAAUCAAACUGCAACUUUGGAAGGUUACUGUCAGUUAAGAGACAUCCAAAUGUUUAGUAUUAAAAUAUUAUUAUUAGGUAGUUUCACCACCACUAUUUUAAUUAGCUGGCGCAGCUCAAUUUACUUGGCGCAUUGCAUUGUGGGAGAAUAGUGUGCAUCGACAGCACACUCAAUAAUCAACCAUCUUUAGUAUGCAUGCUGUCUGGUUUGACUUUCUUUUGGCACUUUUCAAGUCUGAACACAGCACAUACUAAAAAGCAGCUUAGCCUCAGUAUGUAAAAUGGAAUUUUGACACGGCGUAUGUCUCAACAGGUUGUGUUUAUGCAUGUUAAUCAUGUUCUUAGUUAAAGCUAACCACUAGCUUUUUUGUUUGAACACUAGAGGACAGAAUGACUUUCAAACACACCCACAGUAACAUAACCCUUAGAAAGUCUAAGCUUAUCAAGGCCGUAUGGCUGAUGUUUUAGCAAACAGAUGCCUACUAGCACAUUAGGCAGACACAAAACGGCAUGAAAAUAUCUCUUUCUUACCACCUGACAUGGAGAAAUGCAAUAUUCACGGUUUUUUUUAGGUCUAGUUUGGCUCCCAAUCUUCGGUUUUGACAUGUCAGAUGCCUAACUUUUUUUUUCUUUUUACAUUAGAUGUAGCUGUACUAACUAGUACACUAAUCUAAGCACCUACAGACUGAUCCAAAUGUUAAUAUAAUCAACACUGCAGACGUUUGUCCUGACAGCAGACGAUUGUUUUUACUCCAAACUGUAUUACUAAAACUUUUGGUCAUUGUUUCUGAAAGAGUUCAUUUGCCAAAGUCAAAUUUGAGUGCUAUACCUUAUACCAAAGCUAUAGUUAGCAGUGGUGCGCCUGUAACUUUUAUUUUUAUUAUCACAGUUGUAUUCAGUGGAUGUAAAAUAUUACAGGGUGCUGAUAUUUUUGCAUUGUGUAUUUACCAUAAUUUUAACUGUCUAAAAAUCUUUAAAAUGUCUGACAUCAUGGAAACUAUAUUUGAAAAUCCAAUAAAAAGAAAUAUUGCCAAGA